GCCCGGCCGCCCCAGCGCUGCUCCGACGCCGCCAUGGCCCCGCCGGGCCCCCCGGCCCCGAGGUAGCGGCGGUGGAAGGAGCCGAAGCCCGGUGACCGAGGAGCCCCCGUCCCAUCCCUGCAGCCCAGGAGCGUGCCCGGAGCUGCUGCUUCGCCUGGAGAGCUGCCAUGGUUCCGGCGCACCUGAGCCUGCCGGGCUUCAGCGGUGCUCGAAGCCGAAUCUCCGUGGCUCUUUGGCCUUUGCUAACUCAAUGCUAUGCAAAAGAAAAGGAGGAAAAAAAAAAGAAACCUUGACAGUAGUUGUGGUGGGAAUGGCUGUUUCCUGCCCUGGGUGAGCCCAUGUGUGGUUUCUUGCUUGUGAGAUGAACUAAUUCUCCUUUACCCGGUGGAAGACACACUACAUAUGGCAACCUGAAACUUUGGUAAUGCGUGGCCAUUGCUGAGCGGUUGGAACUUUUACUCGUUCAUUUUGUUUGUUCGUUUUCUUUUUUUUUUUGCAUAAAGUCACCUAAGGAGCCUUCUUGCUGUCUUCAGGAGCAUUGGAGGAAUUUGUCUUAAUUCUUCACCUCAAGUGACUUUAUCCCACUGUGAGUGCAGCCAGUGCACCCACCCAAAUACCUUCUCCCUCAAAACUCCUUCCCAGCCUGGAAGAUCAGGGAUCACAGACUUCUUCGAAAACUUUUUGUCCUGGGAAAGGCUGCCCAUAGUUACUUUAUGGGGCAGCAGCCUGGAAAAGUUCUUGGGGACCAAAGGAGGCCAAGUCUGCCUGCCCUGCACUUCAUCAAAGGAGCAGGGAAGAAGGAGUCAUCGAGGCAUGCGGGCCCACACUGCAACGUCUUCGUGGAACAUGGGGUGUCUGUGAAGCAGUGCUCCAUCGCUGGCCAUGAUGACACUGCUUGGCACGAGCGGCUGCCAGAAGCCCUUCAGAGACCGGUAGUGUCAGACUUUGAGCCGCAGGGUCUGAGCGAAGCAGCUCGCUGGAACUCCAAGGAAAACCUCCUCUCCUGCCCUAGUGAAAAUGACCCCCAUCUCUUUGUUGCACUGUAUGAUUUUGUGGCGAGUGGGGACAACACUCUCAGCAUAACUAAAGGUGAAAAGCUCCGUGUGCUGGGCUACAAUCACAAUGGGGAGUGGUGCGAGGCUCAGACCAAGAACGGGCAGGGCUGGGUCCCCAGCAAUUACAUCACGCCGGUGAACAGCUUGGAGAAGCACUCGUGGUACCACGGGCCGGUGUCGCGGAACGCCGCCGAGUACCUGCUGAGCAGCGGCAUCAACGGCAGCUUCCUGGUGCGCGAGAGCGAGAGCAGCCCCGGCCAGAGAUCCAUCUCCCUGCGCUACGAGGGCAGGGUCUACCACUACAGGAUCAACACUGCCUCCGACGGCAAGCUCUAUGUGUCUUCAGAGAGCCGCUUCAACACCUUGGCAGAGCUGGUGCAUCACCACUCCACCGUGGCAGAUGGGCUCAUCACCACGCUGCACUACCCGGCGCCCAAGCGCAACAAGCCCACCAUCUACGGCGUGUCCCCCAACUACGACAAGUGGGAGAUCGAGCGCACCGACAUCACCAUGAAGCACAAGCUGGGUGGAGGCCAGUAUGGAGAGGUCUACGAAGGAGUCUGGAAGAAGUACAACCUGACAGUGGCUGUGAAAACUCUCAAGGAGGAUACCAUGGAGGUGGAAGAGUUCUUGAAAGAAGCUGCAGUAAUGAAGGAGAUCAAGCAUCCAAACUUGGUGCAAUUAUUAGGGGUGUGCACACGGGAACCUCCUUUCUACAUCAUCACAGAGUUCAUGACAUAUGGGAACCUGCUGGAUUACCUGCGGGAGUGUAACAGGCAGGAGGUGAAUGCUGUGGUGCUGCUGUACAUGGCAACUCAGAUCUCCUCAGCCAUGGAGUACCUGGAGAAGAAGAACUUCAUCCACAGGGACCUUGCUGCCAGGAACUGCCUUGUAGGGGAGAACCACUUGGUGAAGGUGGCAGACUUUGGCCUGAGCAGGUUAAUGACAGGUGACACCUACACAGCCCAUGCUGGAGCAAAAUUCCCCAUCAAGUGGACUGCACCAGAAAGCCUGGCCUACAACAAGUUCUCCAUCAAAUCCGAUGUCUGGGCCUUUGGUGUUCUGCUGUGGGAAAUUGCAACCUAUGGUAUGUCCCCUUACCCUGGGAUUGACCUGUCUCAAGUCUAUGAGCUGUUGGAGAAGGACUAUCGUAUGGAGCGUCCUGAAGGCUGUCCUGAGAAAGUUUAUGAGCUCAUGAGAGCAUGCUGGCAGUGGAGUCCUUCUGAUAGACCAUCCUUUGCUGAGAUCCAUCAGGCCUUUGAAACGAUGUUUCAGGAAUCCAGCAUAUCUGAUGAGGUGGAGAAGGAGUUGGGAAAGAAGGGCAUGAGGAGUGUAGUGAGCAAUUUCCUGCAAGCCCCAGAGUUGCCAACCAAAACGCGAACAUCGAGGAGAGCUGCCGAAAGCAAAGAUGCCAACGAGGGCUUGGAGACUGCACAUGCUCGAGGCCAGGGGGAGUGUGACCUCCUGGAUCAUGAACCUGCUGUUUCUCCCUUGCUCCCACGGAAGGAGAGGGUGGCCUUGGAGAGCAGUUUGAAUGAAGAUGAGCGGCUGCUUCCAAAAGACAAAAAGCACAACCUCUUCAGUGCCCUGAUCAAGAAGAAGAAGAAAACUGCCCCUACCCCUCCGAAACGGAGCAGCUCCUUCAGGGAGAUGGACGGACACCCGGAGCGCAGGGCGGGCGGGGAGGAGGAGUGCAGGGAUGCUGGCAACGGGGCUUUCAUUGCCCCCCCUGCAGACACAGCUGACCCCUCCAAGUUCCAGAGCCCGAGCAAUGGGGCUGGUGUCACCAACGGGGUUGUGGCUGGCAACUCUGGGUUCUUAUCUCCCCACCUACGGAAGAAGUCCAGCACGAUGAGCAGCAGUCGAGGGGUGGCUGGUGAGGAGGAGAGCACUUCCAACUCCAGCAAGCGUUUCUUGAGGUCCUGCUCAGCCUCCUGCGUGCCCCAUGGAGCCAAGGACACAGAGUGGAAAUCCGUGACUCUGCCUCGGGAUUUGCAGUCCACGGGACGCCAGUUUGAUUCCUCCACUUUCGGGGGGCACAAGAGUGAGAAGCCAGCGCUGCCUCGGAAGCGGGCGAACGAGGGCAAGGGUGACAUUGCUGUCAGGGGAACAGUGACUCCUCCUCCACGGCUGCUUAAGAAGAGUGAAGAGACUGCUGAUGAUGUGUUCAAAGAUGCAGAGUCGAGCCCUGGCUCCAGCCCUCCCACCCUGACGCCAAAACUUGGCCGUAGGCAGCCUGCUGCCCCUCCUUCCUCCAGCGGGCUCCACAAGGAUGAUGGAGUCAAAUCCAGUGCCUUAGGUACCACUGUGAUGAUGGACCAAGGUUCUGCUGCCAAACCCAACCCUGCUGGGUUCGUGGGGGCCAGCAAAGCUUCCUCUGAGGAGCCACGCCUGAGGAGGCUCAAGCAGACCUCGGAGUCGGCAGGGAAGGACAAAGGGAAGUUAUCGAAGCUGAAACCAGCCCCUCCACUCCCACUGUCUUCAUCCUCCAUUGCCAAGCCUGGGAAGGUUUCUCACAGUCCCAGCCAUGAAGCAGCAGCAGAUGUGGUGUCUGGGCCGAAAUCCAAACAGUUGACUCAGGUUGGAGAGGCUGCAGGCAGUGAUGCUGUCAAGCCAAACCAGUCAGGGGAAGGUGUGAAAAAGCUGGGGAUCCCCUCUGUACCAAAGCCACAGUCCUCUACAAAGCUGCUGCUGAGCACAGCAACCCCAGCUGCCUCUUCCUCAUCCCUACCCUCUGCCCCAGGCGGGGACCAGGCAUCAUCCACAGCCUUCAUCCCCCUCAUAUCCACCAGGGUCUCGCUGAGGAAGACCCGGCAGCCCCCAGAGAGGAUUGCCAGUGGCACCAUCACCAAGGGGGUGGUGUUGGAAAGCACCGAGGCUCUACGGCUCGCCAUCAGCAAGAACUCUGAGCAGAUGGCCAGCCACAGCGCCGUCCUGGAGGCUGGCAAGAACCUCUACACCUUCUGCGUGAGCUACGUGGACUCCAUUCAGCAGAUGAGGAACAAAUUUGCCUUUCGGGAGGCCAUCAAUAAGCUGGAGAACAACCUGAGGGAGCUGCAGAUCUGCCCCGCCACCGCUGGCAGCGGCCCCGCGGCCACGCAGGACUUUAGCAAACUGCUCAGCUCUGUGAAAGAAAUCAGCGACAUUGUUCAGAGGUAGCAAGAAACCAGGCUGGGAAACAAACGAGUGAAUCAAUCAAUCACAAUGGGCCAAAGCCAGCUGUGGAGAGAGUAACGUGUGGACUGGUAAAGGAGAGGGGUGUUCGGGUAGGGCUGUGCCAAGGACGCAGACUGUGAACGGACACCCCAGCUCCAAAGGGCAGGGCUGUGUUCAGGAGGCACUUCCCACCCUCUGAACUCAGAUUCCCUGUGUUUCAUAUACUUGUAAUCGUCUUAUCUGUGGAGUUCUUGCCUUGUGGACUACAAGUCUAAAUGCUGAUGUCACACCAUGCCUUUUUAUUAAUAUUUUAUUGUUCUGGACAGACCGUUGAGGCUGAAGCCGGACUGGUGGACACUGAGAUGACCUCCUCCUCAGGAGGACUUUGUACUGCAUUUUUAUCCCCUUCCUCUGCCCUCCUGUACAUGAGGAUGAGUGUUUGGAUAGCAAUACACCCACUGCAUUCCUUGGGAGAGUUUGCCCAGCACAUGGCCCUGGCCCAAGUCUGACAUUUACCUGACACUAAUGCAACAGAUUUGGUGCUCAGGAGGGAAGGGGGGAAAUUAUUAAUGUAAGGUUUUUUUAGUGACAGAAUGCUACAAGUGAUGAUUGCCCAAAUUCUUCCUCUGAUUGCACCUGCUACCCUUAGUUUCUGUGUUUUCAGUAGUUUCUCAGUGUUGUUGAGCCCCAGUGAGUUGCUUGGGCUCACAGGCAGCACCCACUGAUGCCACAGCCCAGGAGCCUGUUUGUGGAUCCCCCUCAGCAGCAGAACAGGUCUGGAGGAGGAAUGUGGCACUCUGGUGAUGUCUGACACCGAUCAGGCUGGUCUUUGGGGUCACAGAGCUUGGGUGGCAGUGGGAAGGGGUGGCUCGGGGUGAGCUCUGAGGCACCACUGUGCCUCCAGCAGCUGCUCUGGCUGAGCCAGCACCCCGCAGUGGGUGAGAGCUGCUGUGUCUCCAGCUGAAUUUCCAGCUGUUUGUUUUGUGAAGGGAGAUGGAGCCUGGCCCCUGCCCUCGUGCAGAGCCUGGGGGGCUGUGGUGCCUCCCUUUUGUGCCCCUGGAACCCCCGGGAGGAGCUCCAGUGCCAGUCCUCUGGGGUUAAAGCAUUCCUGCCUUCCUGCCAGCGUGGUUCCAUCCAGCAUCAAACAAGGAUCUGGGGAGGCUGCAGACAUUUCUCUGGGGUGCUUCUCCCGAGGAAACUGCCACAACAUGCUGGCAGCAAGACUCCUGGCCUUCCUUGCCAAGGUCCCCUGACCUUCCCAAUUAAUGCUGGGAACUAACUGUGACUGGUGACAAUAGUGAAAGAACAAGGUUUAGGGCUAUUAACAGUGCAAUUUAACUCCUCUUAACAGUUCCAAACAUGAGAAAAACACAUUUCCCAUUCUCUGUUCCCCUGUAACUCGUGACCCCUCUUGUGUAUCUUAAACACUAAUUGCCUUCAAUUGUAUUUUAUGCUGUUCUCUUUGGAACUGUUUGUUUUGUAUAUGAUUUCUAGUAGUUCACUCGUGUGUGUUCAUGCCACUCCUCGCCCUCACAAACAGCCAUGACUUAACAUGUGACAAAUGUUCAAAAGAAAAUACACACUUCUACCACAGGCUGCCUUUAAAAAUGUAAGAAAAACCCCAACCCUUGAAUUGUCUCUUUCCUGGAGGUACUGUUUUUACUUUGAUAACAUAUUGUGCCACUAUAUUAUACAUUUGUAUCUUGUUAUUACACACUUUUGUAGACUUGUCUUUUUUACAGUGUGUAAAUAGCUCUGUCCUUCAUCUCUGUGAUACUUAAGGGGGUCGUUUCCCCUUUAAUUUAGUCCAGUACAGAUUGUUUCUGUACAUGACUUUCAAUUCUUCUCUCUUUCUCUAUUUCCAUUUUUUGAUUUGUUUUUUAUUCCAGUCUCUCUUGCGUAGUAUAUUUAAAAAUAAAUCAAUGUUGAGGAAAA